UGUCGCGUAACGUUAUCAAACGUGCUCGACGUUGGCAAUGUUAUCGUCUCGCCGGCAGUUGAUAUAAAUCAUGUCCGCUGACCGGCGAGGCCUUGAGGCCGGAUCACCUCAUUCCUCCGUUUCAUUAAUCGGCCGUUGUUUUUUCACGUACCCCGGUAUAGAUUUUAUUUACACUAUAAACCGCGUCAUCGACUAGAGGAUGCAAUUAUGUAUAAUAGCCUCCCCGUAUGCGAGGAUCGUGUUAACCGUAAAACCUUCGUUUUUAUAUAAACAACAAAUAGACGCAACGUUCCGUUCAAUGAUUACGGAGAUAUAAUUGAUGGUCUAACAAUGAAGAUUUCUCAUGUUAUUCGCGAUUAAUUGAAUACCCGGAGAGAACGAAGGUUCGAUUAUUAUGAAAUUUAUUUUCUCCGUGCACCGGAUCGGCUUUUCGGAGGACCUGAUUUCUGGAUCGAGACGAUCGAUCCGGACGAGCAGGAAAGAUUACGCAACAAACGAACAGCGACAUCGCUACCGAGAUUAUACCUUUGCUCGUCGAGAUGGAAGGGAGAUCCAUUCGUAGAGAAGAAUAGGUAAAUAGAAUAGCGAAUAGUGAGUAGGUAUACCUGCAGUUUGAUGUUACUUUUAAAUGGAAGGUGGGGGAACGGUCGCCUUCAAGUUUCAGUCUCCGGUACCCAUAUCUCAGCUAAUGUAAAACCGUACAAGUCGGGAUAUCGACGGCUGCAGCAUACUUUAAAUCGUGCUCCACCUGUUUCCAUUUGGGCAAACGAAGUGCCCUCGAUAUUCGAGCUUUUCUAAUUUGGUGGUCUGUUGUUUUUUUUUUUUUUCCUUUUUCGGUGCAUCCGACAAUCGAGUGACUCGAUGAGGCGGGGAUCGGUCAGCUCUUGGGAGCCCUGGGCAAGGCGCAAUUCUGCUAACAUGGCUCAGGCAGCUGGAAGUAGAUCGGAGUUCAUGACGAGUGAUCUUGGGCUAAAUGACAUCGAAUACAAGAGGAACGGUGGCUGUUUUCUGUCGCAUAAAAAAACUGCGGCUAUCGUCCUGAUUUUCAUCGUUGGUGUCGCGACAGCCGGGGUUAUCGGGGCCUACGUCGCUCCUUGGAUGAAAAAACCGAUCGUAACCGUCCCAGCACUAGCGGAAGAUGAUGAAAUCGACGGGGUCAAUACGUCGUCGAAAUUCAUCGUUUCGUCCGCGGUUUAUCCGUCUCUUUACGCGAUCGAAUUAACCCCCGUAAUGGAGGAUACCGUGACGCAGGUCAAGGGUCACGUGGUCAUUAAUUUUAUCUACAACGCAACGGAGCCUCUCUCCGAACUUGUCUUCAACGCGAAGGAUAUCGAUGUUUCGAAAGCGAAACUGGUUUCACUUCGAAAAAACGAUGGUACGGCGACAAAUGUACAUUCCAGAAGACGAAGAGACGAUCCGGAUGAAACUCAGCAUUCCAAUAAAACGGAGGCGUCCAAAGUCAACGUCACCGACGGAGACGCUACGAGUCCCCCGGAAACGACGAUAAACGAUGUCGGAGCUGGCGGUGUUCUGGCGGUGAAUUCAAGCUCAGACGAUGCUAUGGGCGUGACCUUGUCAAUGGACUUCGCCAACGGAACAAACGACAAUUCUUCGAGCGAUGAUUCCUUGACCUUGACUUCCACGCCCGCGGACGUUGUCACCGUUGAAAACGUGUCGACGACCCCUCCGAAAAUAGUCGACGACGGAGAACCGGAGGUGUCGCAAAAAAAUUCAGCCCCCGUAUCGAAUGCUUCGAACCCUUCCGAAUCCCCGGCGAUUCAGAGGGAGUCCACCGAGGUUCUCUUGAAACGUCGAGAAACUGACCCCGUUCAAGGAUUCUACGUCAUUUAUCUGGACACUCCUAUAGAACGAGGAGAGUACUCCAUUGAUUUGAGUUAUGACGCAAAAGUAGACGGAGAAUAUAUAUUCACCAAUACAUAUGACCUCGAAGGUCAGAAGAGGUGGCUGCUUGGAACCAAAAUGGAGCCCGUUGGGCCCCGUAGAUUAUUUCCGAAUUUCGAUACAGGCUCCGAUUCGAAAGCCGCCUUCUCCCUCUCCGUCGCGAAACCAAGCACAUUGAGCGUCCUGGCUAAUAUGCCUUUGAAAUCUACGGAGCUCGUUUCAAACGACUCGAUGGUGGACCAUUUCGAGGACUCUCCUCCGUUAGAUACGAGAAGCUUAGGAUUCGUUAUCGCCGAUUUACAACCGUUGACGGAAGUCGAUACCGGAGAGGCAAAAGUAGCGUUGACUUUGUGGGGCAGAAUCGGAGUAAAUGGCGAUACUCGUUUCAUCGCCGAUCAAAUUGCAACGAUUACCAAAAAUCUUAAUAAUUUUUUUUCAACUUCUUAUUUCAUGCCGAAAUUAGACUUUGCCGCUUUGCCGGGUCUCCCAGUCGACGGAACUCGUAGUACCGGAGUUAUUUUGAUGGAGGAAUCGAUAUUCUACUUGACGGAAGAAUCUCCGGAACCGGUUAAGGAGGUCUCGUUUAAAAACCUCGUAAAAGCAAUUGGCGGACAAUGGCUCGGGGGGUUAGUCAGCGCUCGGACUUUAACGGAUUCCUGGAUUACGGAAAGCUCGUUGAUCUAUCUGCAAUAUUUAUUGACAGACAAGAUCGUUUCCACAUCCGAUUCACUCGCCGAUUCUUUUGGAUUGAUACAACACAGUGCUUUCGAAGCAGAUGCGAAAGAAGUUUCGAAAACCUUAGAAUCCAGGCUCACCUUAACGAGUCUGGAGAUAAAUUAUCCGAAGGACUUGUACGAGAAAGGUGCAUGUCUGAUUCGCAUGUUGCAUAGCGUGGUAUCUGACCCCGGCUUUAGGAAUGGCUUCAAAAAGUUCUUGUCUAGGUGGGCAAAAUCGAGCGCUGGGGUCUCGGAUUUUUGGACCGCGAUGGGCGAAGAAGCUCAGUGGCUUCCAGAUAGUGUUUCUCUUGGACAGGUGAUGAAUUCCUGGGUUUCUCAACCCGGCUUUCCGGUCGUCACUGUUAUCAGAAACUAUGAAACUGAAACUGCUGUGAUCCGCCAGGAAAAAUUUCGUUUCGAUAAUUCGGCAGUUUCGGAAUCAAAAUUUUGGUACAUUCCUGUGAAUUACCUCGUCGACGGAGGCAGCUUUUCAUCGCCUAGUAAAAUUUGGCUGACCAGAGAAUCGGAAGUGAAAUUGGAGAAUGUUGGGAACAAAACUGAAAAAAAGUGGGCCUUGUUCAACGUUAAUAAAACUGGGUACUAUCGGGUUAAUUACGACGAGGAUAAUUGGAAACUGCUAUCUUCCGCGCUGAAUUUGACGUUUGAGAAAUUCCCCGUGGCCACAAGAACUUCUAUGGUCGACGACGUCCUCGCUCUGGCGUCAGCCGGACGUUUGGGAUAUCCGACAGCCCUUAAUUUGAUUAGUUAUCUCCGUGAAAAGGAAACUCAUUACUCGCCCUGGGCGGUUGCCCUGGAAAAUAUGGUCCAGUUGAAUAACGUAUUAUACGAUACCCCGGCAUACGCGAAUUUCCAGAAAUUCAUCGCGAAAUUCAUAUCACCUCUAUUCAAAAAAACGACAGCCGAGAGCGGCGAGACUCGACUGAAAUUAAUGGCCAUAAAAUGGGCUUGCCUGGUCGAUAAUCCGGAAUGCAUCAACCACGUGAAAAGCACAAACAAGAUGCCUUCUCAUCUAGAGAUAAUUUAUCAAUGUACGAUAGCGAAAUUCGGGGGAAAAUCUGAGUGGGAUUCUUUGAAUUCGAAAAUUUCCAAUACCGAAGACAAAGGAACGAAGUUAAAACUUUUGACUGCUUUGCCAUGUUUCCAAGUCGAAUGGAUUUUGCAGUCAAUUUUGGACGACGUAUUAAAGGCCGAGAAAUUCGACGAAGCGGAAAGUCUAGUUCUUCUUCAUGGCAUCGGUAAUAAUCCAAUGGCCGCCAGAUCGGCAUUUAAAUUUCUACGAAGACACUGGAACGAAAUAUCCGAGAGGUUUUCAAAAUCUUAUAAAAUGUUGAGAGCAUUCCUGAUCGCUUCCAUAAACGGGGUGAUCGACGAACAGGAUUUGCAAGACUUCCAGAUAUUCAAAGAAAAUAAUUCCGAAAAAUUGAAGUCCAUGGGCCACACGAUAGCGGUAUCGGAAUCUGCUGCAAGGUCCAGAAGUUCUUGGUUGAAGACAAACCUAAUUCCCUUGAACGCGUGGCUUGUCGAUUACAUCAAAAGUACGUCGUAAUGACAAGAAGGUUAGUUAUUCCAUAUAUGUGUAAAUUAGCUGCUCUUUCUUUGGAGUCGAACUUCCCGUCGUACGAUUGAAUAUCGAAGCGUCUCAAAAUUCAGAUCUCGUUGUAAAAAAAAAAAAAAAAACAUGAAUAUAACUUGUGGAAGAAAGGAUCGUGCCAAAUACUAUUACCGAUCUCCAUCUUUUCCAUGUUAGGACGACGAAUGAGAAGAAAAGUAAAAUUUCUUUCGCGUUCAGUUGAUUUUCACGUACUUUAUCUGAAUCAUUUUAUGGGAUAAAAUAUAUUCUUCUAGGGAACAAUAAAGUUCUACGACAACGAAUUUUUAUUCCAAUGCUUUUCUCAAGCAUGAUUACAAAACCAAGCAACAGUGUUCUUAUACCUUAUGUAUUUUACAUUGAUUAUAUAUAUAUUAUAUAUAUUAUUAUUAAUUACAUAUAUAUUUAACAAACAUCGUACGAUAUACAUAAUAAUUAUAUACGAAUUUUAUAUAUAAAUAUUCAAAUAUAUUAUAUAAAUAAUACAUAACGCGGAUGAUGAUAAUAAUGAUAACAAAAAUAACAACAAUGAUAAUAACAUAGAUGAUAAUAAUAAUAACAAUAAUAAUAGCAGUAACAGAAACAGUAAUGGGGUUUCAACAACUGUAGCUGGAACUACACCAUCUUCACGUUAGUGCACUUAAUUGUUAUAUUCAUAUCGGUAUAACAAUGACAGUUUCUUUUUUCUGUGUGAAUGACGUUUAGAACUUGGAAAAUGAGCUUGCAGAUUUCGAAAAAUAAUCAUUUUCAUAUUUCAUUUAAUUUUGUUUUACUGUAAAAAAUGCGAUGUCGGUAUUAUUAUUAUUUUCGUCUCUUUGUUGUCUAUUUACACGUUAUUUACAGCUUAAUUUUACUAGUCGGUUUGCUGCUAAUUUCAUUAGAGAAAACUGUACUCACCUUAUCUUAUGUAUAAUAUUCAUGUAUGUAUAUCUCUUAUUCAAUUUCACAAGGUGUAACUACAUAUCGUGUCACUGAUCUGCUAGGUCAUCCGGCGAUUCUAGGUCGGUGAAGAUCUACGAAAAUUUGUGUUCGCAAAAUUCCGUCUAAAAAAAACUCCACCCAUCGAAAGAAGAGACAAGAGUUUUCGAUGAGCCAUUGGCCACGAAUAGACCGCUUUUCACGAAGUGAACGAAGACU